AUGAGUUCCGGUCCCCCGCCAUGGCGUGCCUCUUCUUCGGCCACAACUACGGUACCUUCAUAUUCCGGGCAUGCAACACCAGCCUAUAUUCCGGUUCAAGCACGCCGUAGCCUUGCCCCCACGUCAACAACCAACCCGCCACCUGAGUCAACUCCCUCGUCAAAUACCGAUUCGGCUCCCCGCAAACGAGUAGAAUGGCCGGCACCUGUUCGGCAGUACGUACAGCGAAGUUUCACGCCAGAAAAUGCAAUUGCUUCCGUGAGCAGGGAAGAGAUGGAGACGAAAUUAAAGAAUGUCAUUACCGACGCAGCGGAGAGUAACAUGCUCGACAAGAUCGACUGGGUUUCCCUCCCCCUACCACAGGUCAUGGUCCAGAAUGAGCGCAAUAGGAUUCUGGCCAGUCCGAGUGUAUCGUCAUGGGGGGCCUCCAGAUUGGCUUCUCACAAGUCCGAUGACGUUUCGCGAAAAAGAAAGUCGGCCGAAUUCCAAGACAACGCAGACAGCUGCCCACCUUGGAGGCAAACUAACAAGCACAAUAAUUUUGAAGAUCGAGUCACUUAUUCUCCAACAGACAAACGACAACGCAUAGAUCAUAAAAACCCUAGUAAGUCUAAAACUAACCUGGAACUGCGGAAGAAACGUUUCGAGGGCCCCUGGAACGCCAACAGAUCGUCAUCUCGCGAUGAAUCUCCCGUCGCGAGUCCGGAUCAAGGCCCUGUCGUCGGAAGAUGUCAAAACCUAGAGAAGAAUUACUUCCGACUGACAUCGGCGCCCAAUCCCGAUACUGUUCGCCCUCUUGAAGUCUUGGUCAAGACUCUGGACCUAUUGAAGAAAAAGUGGAAACGAGACAACAAUUACGGCUAUAUAUGUGACCAGUUCAAAUCAUUGCGACAGGACCUGACCGUCCAGCAUAUCAGAAACGAGUUUACUGUCAGUGUUUAUGAGAUUCAUGCCCGGAUUGCUCUCGAAAAAGGAGAUCUUGGUGAGUAUAAUCAAUGUCAAACCCAGCUGCGAGCGCUGUAUACCCAGCAGCUUGGUGGACAUCCUCGGGAAUUCAAGGCGUAUCGUAUACUUUACUUCAUCCAUACCCGCAACUGGACGGCCAUGAACGACGCCUUGGCCGAUUUAACCCCAGCAGACAAGCGGGAUCCUGCUGUGAAACAUGCCUUGGACGUCCGGUCGGCUCUUGCUCUUGGAAAUUAUCACCGUUUCUUUCAGCUUUACCUGGAUACCCCCAACAUGGGGGCUUACCUUAUGGACAUGUUUGUGGAUCGAGAGCGCCUUUCGGCACUUUCCGCCAUAUGUAAAGCAUACAAACCCGAUGUAAAAAUUCGCUUCAUUACUGAAGAGCUUGGCUUCGAGUCCGACGAGCAGAGCGCACGUUUCAUUCUUGACAACACUUCUGAAGAAUUGCUUCAGGAGAAGGAUGGGGCUGUGAAGCUGCUCACCGGGGGAAUAGCCAGCCAGCUUUUUGAGGCCGCUAAGACCAAAGCUCAUCAAGUUGUUGAUAUCAAGGGACAAAUCUGA